AUGCUCUCACGUGUUGCUGCAGUGAAGGCACCCUGCACGCACAACCGUCGCCGCGUGACCGGAUCCAGCGGAAGGAGGAGGGAAGGAAGAGAGAGUGAGCCGCAGAGGCCCAACAUGUCCCGGCGUGUGUUUACUUCCGCGGUGCUGCUCCUCCUCGUCGUGAUGUGCUGUGGCACUGCAGCCGUUAACGCGGAGGAGUUAUCCGAACCAAAUUUUGAAUGGAAAGGCAUCACUGAUGGUGUGACUGUGGAAUCGUUGGGCGUUCCCGGCCUUCUAAAAGUGGGGAAUGACGUAUUUACCGUUGCCGGGGCGCAGUGCAAGAAUGGUGAGGGUGAAGACAACACCUUUACCGGCAUUGCAUCCCAAAUUAUCACGAAAGAAGCUGCUAAAAAGCUGGAGGAAGUUCUGAAGGAAACCAAAGAUAAGACACAAUUUCUGGAGGAAGUCGCUUCCUCAAGCAGUAGGAAGAAAGUGGAUGUGAGCCGACCAACAGCAGUUGUGAAGGAACGUGAGAUUUACAUGCUUGUUGGGAAGUACAGCUGGAAUGCUGCCGCUGUUGGUCAGGAUGGUGGUGCAGAUGGCUGGGGCCUUUUGCUGGUGAAAGGGGAAGUCAGUGAUGCUGGGGAAAGCAAAAAGAUUGACUGGAAAGAUACUAAACGUCUCCAGUGGAAACCUUUAGGUGGAACUAACGACUCCUUGACAGAGCUGAUUGGCGGCGGUGGUUCAGGUGUUAAGUUAACUGACGAAACGCUUUUGUUCCCAGUGGAAGCUACGAAGAAUGACAAAAAAACAAAAAUCUUUCUGCUGGUCAUAGACCCGAGGGACAUUCCGAAUUGGACGCUGUCUGAGAUGUCCGCUGAUGACUGCAGUGAUCCCUCCGUCGUGGAGUGGAAGGACAAACUCAUCAUGAUGACUGCGUGUGAUGAUGGCCGCCGCAGGGUGUACGAGUCCGGUGACAAGGUGGAGUGGACGGAGGCACUCGGGACACUCUCGCGUGUGUGGGGCAACAAACACGAUGAAAACGUGAAGCUCGUUAGAGGCGGGUUCAUCACAGCGAAGAUUGAGGACAGGGACGUGAUACUCGUCACUACGCCGGUUUAUUCUAAUGAAAAAGGCAACAGAAAGGGCGUACUCCAUCUUUGGCUGACGGACAAUACGCACAUUGUUGAUAUUGGGCCGGUAUCCGGUGAUGAUGAGGACGCUGCCGCCAGCUCCCUGUUGUACAAAAGUGCUGAAGGUGAAGAUAGGAAGGAGGAGUUGAUUGCACUGUACGAGAAGAAGAAGGAUGGGGACGAAGCAUCACUCGGUAUGGUGUCUGUGCUCCUGACUGCGCAGCUGCAGCGUGUGAAGGAUGUGCUGACGACGUGGAAGAAAGUGGACGACCUUGUCUCCAAGCUGUGCCCUUCAAAAAGUGAUGUGGAGAGUAUCUUACCUGAAAAUGCCUGCAGGACUGCCAUGCCGGCGGAUGGGCUGGUUGGUUUUUUAUCCGCCAACUUCUCUGAUAAGACAUGGAGGGACGAGUACCUCGGCGUGAACGCCACAGUAAAGGGGAAUGAUGGUGGGGCGGAGAUGACGGAUAACGGUGUGAAGUUCCGGGGAGCGUGGGCGGAGUGGCCCGUUGGCGCGCAGGGGGAGAAUCAGAUGUACCACUUUGCGAACUACAACUUCACUCUUGUGGCGACGGUGUCCGUCGAAAAGGUGCCGGAGGGUGAUAACACUAUUCCUUUGAUGGGUGUGAAGAUGAAGGGUGAACAAGGGAAAUUUUUUGGGUUGUCGUACGAGAAAGAAAAGAAGUGGAUAUUAAAGUGCGGUGACGGAACGAACGAGGAGCUCAAAAGCACAUCGGAGACAGAGAGAACUCGACACGUGGUAGUUUUGUUGAAGAGCGGCGGUCAGGGCUCCGCGUACGUCGAUGGUCAGCGUGUGGGUGGGAAUGAAGAAUGUGCAUUGGGAGAAGCAGCAUCGAAAGGGAUCUCCCACUUCUACAUUGGAGGGGAUGGAAACAGUGCGGGCGGCGUCUCAGGGAUCCAAGACGUGUCUGUGACUGUGACGAACGUCCUGCUGUACAACAGCCCGUUGAGUACUGCGGAGAUUGGCGCCCUAAACCCGAAUAAAGCUUCUAGUCCACCUGUGGUGCCUGACAAUGUGCAGGGAACCCUGUCGCUGUCCUCUUCUGCCGGGCAACCGCCGUCGGAGCAGGGACAGCUGAAGGGGAGUAUUGCUGCCGGAGCUGGCGACGCAUCCACACCAGCGACGUCUACCGCCGCAGCUUCUUCAGGACAGGAGCCCGUAAAGCAGCUAACAUCUGGAACUUCUCCCAGUGGAAACAAAAAUGCGGAUGGCACUCCCUCGCCUGACGCCGACCCAACGGUGGUGACAGUGGGUGGAGAAACGGUUCAGGGAGAUGGAUCACUCCAAACUCCUGGGGUGAGCGUGAGCUCUGGUGCGGAUGGGGAGACGGCGGGAGGAACGGAUGUGCAGCAGGAGGGAAUCCAUGCACAGGCCGGGGAAGUAACUGCCACGGCACUCAACAACAGCCUUGGAAAUGUGUCGCAGGGGAAUAACACCGAUGCCGGCACUGUGCGUGGGAGCGGACUGCUGCCAUCGCUGCUUCUUCUGUUGGGACUGUGGGGGUUUGCGGCUGCGUGA